AUAUAUGAGUUUGUUUUCUUAGAACAGAUAAAGAGACCAGCGAACAAUGUACUAGCUGGAUCUGACAGAGUUUGUCCUGACCUCCACUGACCUCUAAAACUGAGUACUGACAGAACUGUCGUGAUGGGGGCGUGUAGCGGAUGUGGUCAAAUCAUUCUUGUCAUCAUCAACUUGAUAUUCUCGUUGGUGGGUAUACUACUUCUGACAGUCGGCUCUAUCGUAAAAUGGGGUGGAAACAUAAUGGACGAUGUUCUAAGCGACUGGUACAGCAACUUCCGGAAGGCACUGGAGGAAGCAGGGGUAGAUAACUCCAGUAUAGAGAACUUUAACAUUGAAGAGUUUAUGCAAGAAGCCGCCAUAGCCUUCAUAGUGAUUGGAAUAUUCUUCUUCCUUCUGGGAAUCAUAGGCUGUAUAGGGGCGUGCUGCAAGGUCCGCUCACUGCUGAUAUGUUACUCGGUGAUCAUCGUGCUGGUGAUUAUUGUGGAGUUAACAUUCGUCAUACUGCUGUUUGCCAUCCGGGACGAUAUAGAUAAAUGGCUAAAGAAACCGUUAGAGGAAGCAAUAAAGGACGAAUACACAGGCACCAAUGGUACAGAUGCUGUCACCCUCGGGCUCAACUUCAUCAUGUCAGAGUUUGAAUGCUGUGGAGUUGAAAACUACACCGAAUUUACUACCACGGCGACUAAAUGGCAGAAAAUUUUACCAAAUCAGAUGAUCCCUCUCAUUUGUUGCCGGAACGCUACUAGAGACAACUUUGAUUGUCUAACCAGUCCCAACAAGGACAACUCUUACUCCGACAAGGGGUGUUAUAGUGCGAUAGAGGACUGGGUAGAUGACAAUGCUAACAUCCUCAUAGGGUCCGGAGCCGGAGUGGCUGCGGUGGAGAUUCUGUUGGUACUGUUCGCCUGUAUUGUCUGCGCAAAGAAUAAAUCUUCCCAGAGACGUGGGUAUGAGGCGUACUGAAGAACAACAAGGGCGCUCCUACAAUCCUCUAAGGAUGAGACCAGUGGAGAAAUCUUUAAAAUGUGUUUUAUGCAUAACUAUUUGGUCAGAAGCAUUUCAUCGUUGGCUUCUUGAGUUACGGCCCUCAAUAAUUGAAUACUUGGCGCUGAUACAGUUUUCUCUGGAUGGAGUAUGAUAACAUUAAUCCACUCAAAUGUGACCAUUUUAACAAAUAUCUUGAUUGUGUCUUGUACAUAAAUAUUCGAUCAAAGGAUUUCACCAGAGACUCCUGGAACUGCAAUUCUUCCUCAUUAUUUCAUUCGAAACGGAAGCGUGAGAUCAUGACGUAUUAAACAGUGAAUAACAGGAAGUAUGAGAUCAUGACGUAGUACACAAUAAUCAGUAGUUUAUAUCUAUUGGUGGAUAUGUCGAUUUCCAUUAGAUCAUCUCGCCAUGUCGUGAAAUCCCAAUGAACCAGUUUUCGGAUGUUAUGUGAUUAAUACCAUAUAUCUUAGUAUAAGUUGUGAUAAAGUGUAUGUACAUGUAUUUUAGUUGAUAUAAAAAUCAUGUUGAAGCAAAGUCCUUUUAUCAUAAUCGUUUAUAACUUAAUAUUGCUUAGUUAAUGAGAUCAUCGGAUACCCACGGCUAAUUACAAUACACUACGUGACACGUAUCAUCCCCGUUUCAAUUUUUUUUUAAAUGACGUCACUCUAUGAUAGAAACCUGUUAACAUAGUUUAGCGUUUUAAACGAGUACCACAUAGUAUGGCACUGAUCUUGUGAUGUCCUGUUUGCGUAGUAUGUAAUUUGUUGACAUAGCGGUGUUCUCAUUGGCUGAAAUCCCUUGUAACCGACUUUGAUGGGAAGACAUCUUUGUCAGACAAACGGGUAUCAAUGAUAAUCUGAUGAAUAGGUUUACCCGUUAAUUUUGAAUUUCUGAACUACAUUUUCGAGAUCACUCGUCGCAAAUGCUGAUAUGCAGCUUCUAUAAAGCAUUAUGUUAUCUUCAAUCUGACUGGCUGAAAUUCCGAAAGGAAAAUGUGACGGAGCCAAUCAAAAAGUCGUUAUUGAAAAGAUUUUUCUUCACCGAGUAGACCCACGGGAUAUAUGGUUGGUUAGUGUAGCGCUAUCAAAAGUGGGUAUCCGACUAUGAGAUCAUGAAUAUCACAUAUUGCUUCUUGAAUAUUGAUCAUAAUACAUUGUCGUUUAUAAUAAAAUCAACUUCACA